CUUCGACCGUGUCUCCGGGGCACAGUUGAAUGUAGAUAUCAUGAACGCGAGGAUAAGGAUACCAGGCCGAGAAACCCGGGCAAGUACUCUACUCCCCUAAUGUGCCGAUCGCUAGCGCAUCCAGGGCCCCGGCGCCCAGCUCCGCUGGAGAGGCCGUCACUGAUCUUAAAAGUGCGUCUGCGGUUCGGAUAGACUGAUUCUGCGAACGCCUAGCCCCAGGAAUCAAGAAAAAAACAAGUGCUAAGUUUCAUUUCAGAUCAGUGAAUAAACCGAAAAAAGAGACCUUUUUCGCUCGGCGCCGCACUAUGCUCCGCUUCAACAAAUGAGAGUUUUCGGUGGAACCGGUGAACCACGCGAGCUGGUUAGAUGCGUGGGGCAGAGGGCUCGUAGUACCUGAUAGCGCAGCUAUGCAGUGGAAGGGAAGGAGCCUAAAUCGACCCCCUUCUUUCUUUUUUAUUCAAAGACAUAAAAGCACAGUACAAAGAGAUUGGACUCUCGGAUGAGACCUUGCAGCUACCGUUCCGACGCGCCCCUGACCCUAUCUUGAUUAAAAAAAACCGAAAACCCUCUCUAAGGUGGAGCCUAGUUGAAGCUGUCAUUCAAAGAAAAAAUGGGAAUCAAAAUCCACUUUUAGGGAUAUAGAUGAAGUCUCGCUCAGUAAAGAGAGUUGUAGAUUCGUAGAAGAGGAUCAGAGUACGCGCGCUACAAAAGGCAGCUAGCCAAUGAAAGUAAGUGGAAAGAAUAUAGUACUUUUGUACUGACCCCUCCGGGGCCCCCGGUUGUUUUGGCGCGCCCUACCCCAACGUUAGACUAUUGCCUUUUUAGCCUACGCUUGCUGCUUGCAGCAUGGAUUCGAUAGAUCUAUCGAAUCCAUGCUUCCCCCGCCCCGAAGCGAGACUCUAUCCAGAUCUCAAAGAAUAACGAGCUAGGCGGCCGGCGGGCAAAGAAAGGGGGCGGGCCGGCCGGUCGGGGCCUUGGCGAUACGUUCUUCUUUCGAAGCGUUUUGCCAAUAGAGCGAGGGCGUCCUUCUGGGGUGGGGCGUUUACUUGAAAAUGACAACCGCCUGUUCCAGCAGCGGGGGCCUUGCACGAAAGCAAACCGCCCGAUUAAGUAGCAGUUGCUUCGCUGAUGGGCCCUGCGAGGGGGGCAUUGUCCCUCAGUUCUUACCAACCUCAGGUGUGUAAUCGACAUCUAACUUAUUAUCUUCUAUUUUUCAUGCAAGCUACUGAGAUAUGCCUCAGCUGUCCAUUUCUUAUUCAUUCAGGGCGCCCCUAGUGGACUUGGCGGUGCUCCUUUCUAAAACCAGAACAACUCUGAACGUUAGGGAAAAUAAGGGAAGACCACCUGAGCGAACCGACCGAAGGGACUUUCUUACUUAUCCGAACCGAACGUUAGCGGCUUAAGCUAAGCCUAUCACGAGCAGCGUUGCUGCUUGAUCGGCGGGGAGGAAGAUCUCCAAGUAUGGGGCAAAGGAUCAAGCGCUUUUACUUUGCUUUGUCCCCCGGGAUCCACCACAGGUUGGGUUUGAGAGCCGUGUGAUGGGUGACUAUCUAGCACGGUUCAGAGAGCACGUGUAUGUAGUCUGCGCUGGUGAAUGGAAGCCCCCGCCGCAAAAAAGAAGCGGCUUUUCCCACGGCUCUGUCACCAUUGACUCUAUUUAUUAUUAUGGUAAAUCAUUGUAUCAAGAUGUCAAUCUUAGAUCUUAUUUCAGUUCGAUACGUCCACCUACGAGACUCACCUUUGGCUUUCGUCUCGGUAGGUGUAUUAUUCUACAUUUUCCCAAAAGGACAUUCAUUCAUUUCUUUCUUCCCCGUCGACCACUACGACUAAAACGACGCGACAAAUCAAGACCCGGAAAGGAUAAGGGCCGGUGGUGGGCAUUUGGGAAAGUCGGGCCGAUCGGGUGUCUUCAUUCAAGCGAGGGUACAGAGGAAGAACGAAACGAAGUGAGAGGCCGGGGGGCAGGGAAAAGAGUCGAGUCGAUCGACCGGGAGAAGCAAAACGAAAUCAGGAUUUGGCCGAAAAAGAUGCAACGUUAUGGAUACCAUGACCGAUCACCAUCGAGAAAGAAGAAUUUUUCUAAAUCACUUCGGGUGAGCGGGGCCUUCAAGCAUCCGAAAUACGCCGGGGUUGUAAAUGACAUAGCCUUCCUGAUAGAAAAUGACGACUCCUUCAUAAAAACAAAGUUAUUCAAGUUCUUUUUUUUACCAAAGAAGUCCCGCUCUGACGGCCCGACGAGUCAUCUACUAAAAAGGACCCUCCCCGCUGUGCGCCCCUCCUUGAAUUAUUCGGUCAUGCAAUACUUUUUUAAUACAAAGAACAAAAUGCAUUUCGACCCCGUCGUAGUUCUCAAUCAUUUCGUGGCACCGGGUGUGGCUGAACCAUCUACGAUGGGGGGAGCGAAGGGAGGAAGCUUAGAUAAGAGAAUACGCUCUCGCAUCGCUUUUUUUGUAGAAAGCUCGACCAGCGAUAAAAAGUGUUUGGCCCGAGCCAAAAAGAGGUUGAUCCACUUCAUUCGCCAAGCGAAUGAUCUUCGCUUCGCGGGAACAACAAAAACCACCAUCUCGCUCUUUCCUUUCUUCGGUGCUACCUUUUUUUUUCAAGGGAUGGGGUUGGGGUGUAUAAUAACCCAUUUUAUGAGUAUGCCCGGGAACAACUCCUAGGUCAAUUAAGGAUCAAAUGUAGGAACCUCAUGGGUAAGGAUAAGGUAAUGGAAUUGAUAGAGAAAUUCAUAGACCUAGGUAGGAUAGGCAAAUUGAUAAAGGGAAUAGAGAUGAUGAUAGAGAUCAUACUGAGAAAGAGGAGAAUUCCGUACGGGUACAACUCUUAUUUGAACGAAGUGCAAAAAA